UCCGUUGAAAAUCGAACAAGUGUUUUACGUGUUGCACUGACAAUUAAGGGGCGUGCGUGAGAUAAACGAAGAACAACAAAAAUCGCAUAACAUUUUAGAUCGCUUCGGAGUUUAAUUGCAGCAAGUGAAAUUAGCGGGCUGCUCGACAAUCGACAAUUGAACGGGUUAAUAUAGCUCGUAGUAUUCGCUUAUCGCAGUAACGUGGUCAACGAACAACAAAAAGGAGGCUCAUUGCAUAAGCGCAGAAAACGAGAUACGCGAACAGCGAACUGCGAGAUACUUUGUGUUUAACCUCGAAAAAACGGAAACUGAAAGGAGCGCAUCAAGUUGAAAUCAAGUUGUGUAUGAAAAGGCUCAUCAGCCGAAAAUUUUCUGUAAUUUGCUCAAUUGGAUGCCAGGCAUUGCGUUGUGUAUCCAAGAGAUACAUUUGAAUCUUUUGUAAGUGUUAAUUACGAUUUAAUUUCGUGCUAUUGGCAACGAUGAUGGCUAAUUGCAAACUUGGCUUCUAUGCGCUGUUGGCGCUUUGCUUCCUCUUCAGCUUGAGCAGCGCCUACAAAGUGGGCGUGGGUAGGGCGGACAUCACUGGACCGCCAGUGGAAAUCAAUUUCAUGGGCUAUGCGAACAUUAAGCAGAUUGGACGCGGACUUCACACUCGCGUCUUUGCCAGAGCCUUUGUGGUGGAGGAUGAGCAAGGACAUCGGGUGGCCUUCAUUAGCGCCGAUUGCGGCAUGAUGGGCUAUGGACUCAAGAGGGAGGUGGUGAAGCGUCUGCAGGCGCGUUACGGCAACUUGUAUACGACGGAGAAUGUGGCCAUCAGUGGCACGCAUACACACGGAGCUCCUGGUGGAUUCCUGAUGCACUUGCUCUACGACAUUUCCAUUCUCGGCUUUGUGCCCCAGACCUUUGAGGUGAUGGCACAGGGAUUGUAUUUGAGUAUCAAACGUGCCACGGAUAAUCUGGUCGAUGGUCGCAUCUUCUUUUCCAAGACGACAGUUCUGAAUGCGAACAUCAAUCGCUCUCCCACUUCGUAUCUGCGCAAUCCUGUCGAGGAACGCGCUCAAUACGAACACGAUGUGGACAAAACUUUAACGCAACUCCGCUUUGUGGACAAGGAGAACAAUCUGCUGGGCGCCUUCAACUGGUAUGCGGUGCAUGCCACCUCGAUGAACAACACCAACAAACUGGUGACCAGUGACAACAUGGGCUACGCUGCUUUGCUGCUCGAGAAGGAAUACAAUCCCAACAAGAUGCCAGGCAAGGGAAAAUUCGUCGGCGCCUUUUGCUCCUCGAACUUGGGCGAUGUUUCACCCAACAUCAUGGGACCCAAGUGCUCCAUUUCGGGCAACGAAUGCGAUUUGCUUUCCUCGCAUUGUCCUGCCGGCGAAGGUGAUUGCUUUGCCUCUGGCCCUGGUCGGGAUAUGGUUGAGAGUACUCAAAUCAUUGGACAGCGUUUGGCUGAAGGAGCUCUAAGUCUGCUCAACGAGCAGAGCCAGGAAUCCACGGCUCGCGAAGUCACCGGCGAUGUGCGCUUCAUUCAUCAGUUUGUCGACAUGCCCAAGUACAAUGGCAGCACCUACAAUCCGCUCUCCCGCAAGCUGGACAAGAUCAGAGGCUGCCAACCGGCCAUGGGUUACAGUUUUGCUGCAGGCACCACCGAUGGUCCUGGCGCCUUCAGUUUUGAGCAGGGCACGACUACCGAUAAUCCCAUGUGGAACUUUGUCCGCGACUUUAUUGUGCCGCCCACGCAGGAGGAUGUCAAGUGCCACGAACCGAAGCCCAUUUUGUUGGCCACUGGAAGGGCCACCUUCCCUUAUGAGUGGCAGCCCAAGAUUGUGUCCAAUCAGAUCCUCAAGAUUGGCGAUGUCAUCCUGGCCGCUGUGCCCUGUGAAUUCACCACGAUGGCUGGACGUCGUCUGCGCAAUCAAAUCCGUGCUGCAGCCUCCGCUGCUGGUGGCAUCGACACCGAAGUCAUCAUUGCUGGACUGACCAACAUCUACUCCAGUUACACGGUAACUCCUGAGGAGUAUCAGGCACAGCGUUACGAGGCUGCUUCGACCAUCUUUGGACCACACACGCACACCAUCUAUAUGGAUGUGUUUGAGCACCUGACCAAGGCGAUGAUGCGUAACGAAACUGUGGACGCGGGACCAAGUCCGCCGUACAUGAACGAUGUGAUGUUGUCGCUGAAUACCGGAGUGCUCUUCGAUGGUCAUCCCAUUGGCACGGACUUUGGCUAUGUGAAGACGCAGCCGGAGAAGGAAUAUGGCAUUAAUGACACCGUCAAGGCCACCUACAUCUCGGGCAAUCCGCGCAACAAUCUGUUCACCGAGAAGACGUACUUUACCAUCGAGCGCAAGAUCAACGAGGAUCGCUGGAAGGUCACCUACACCGAUGCCAGCUGGGAGACAAAAAUGAUCUGGCAUCGUACCAACACCAUUUUGGGAUUCAGUGAGUUGGAAAUCUAUUGGACCAUCAGUCCGCAGACGUUGCCUGGCGAAUAUCGCAUUCGGCACUCGGGCGAGUACAAAUAUAUACUGGGUGGCAAGUAUCCCUAUGAGGGACUGACGCAUUCGUUCACCGUCAAGGAGGAUUAGAGUGUGUGCCGUAUUUAUUUACAGAGAAAGCUUUAUUUAACAAACAAACAAAAAAAAAACACAGAAAAUACAACACAACAUGAAUGCCAAAUUUGUUAGAACUUAAAUAAACUAUUGGAAACUGAUUAA